AUGUCUAGCGAUUCACGUCAACGACAGCAACAACGUAGCUAUGACUCAUUCGUGUAUUCAAAAUCCCAAGCACCUCUGUCAGAGUUCGGUUACGUUUUGGGUGAGGAUGUAGCGGUGAAGGAUAAAUUCAAGGACUUCGCUGACAAGACCACAGCUCACGGGGCCAAACGUAUACUGAUCGCUCACAAUGGCUUCAGCAGAAUGUUCUGGAUGAGUCUUAUUGCAUUCUUCCUCACUUUAUUCGUCUAUCAAGCAGGUACAUUAGUCGUCAAAUAUAAAAAACACGACAAAAUCACGAGUAUCUCACUGAAAUUCGAUCAGGUCGACUUUCCAGCAAUCACAUUCUGUAAUCUCAAUCCAUAUAAGAAGAGCCUUGUGGGGAUGGUACCAUCCAUACGUGAUACGGUAAGUACGGAACCAUAUCCUCCUGUUCCAUAUUCUCGCCUCUUUGGUUCAGAAGCAGAAGUGAACUAG